UGCAGCGAGCAUCGUCGCUUGUCGUCGCUCCUUCUCGUUAUGUGUUUAUCGUGUGGAAGGAGCACAUAAGGGGACGAGGGGAAAAUGGAGAGUGAGUGCCGAAGGAGGUGGAAGGCGAGCUUCGCCCUGAGGAGAGACAUCUUGAAGGAGUUCCUGGCGGAGUUUCUGGGGAUAUUUGUCCUGAUACUCUUUGGAUGUGGUUCAGUGGCCCAGGCUGUCCUGAGCAAGGGGGCUCUGGGUGAGCCCCUGUCCAUCCACCUUGGCUUCACUCUGGGACUUAUGAUGGCCGCCUACAUUGCAGGAGGGGUUUCAGGAGCCCACGUGAACCCUGCAGUCACCCUGGCUAUGGUGAUGCUGGGCAAGCUAUCCUGGAAGAAGUUUCCCGUGUAUGUGGCCGCACAGUUUUUAGGGGCUUUUGCUGGGGCCUGCUGCGUCUAUUUGUUGAAUUAUGAUGCUUUAAUGGAAUAUAGCAAUGGCGAAUUUAUCGUUACCGGAGAGAAUGCCACAGCUGGCAUAUUUGCAUCUUAUCCCGCGAAACAUCUCUCCACGCUCAAUGGAUUCCUCGACCAGGUGGCAGGGAGCGCCGCGUUGAUCCUGUGCAUCUUGGCCAUAACGGACUCGAGGAACAUCGGCGCUCCCAAAGGCAUGGAGCCUCUGUGCAUCGGCCUGAUCAUCCUGGCCAUCGCCGUGUCCAUGGGCUUGAACUGCGGCUAUCCCAUCAAUCCCGCGCGAGACCUCAGCCCGCGACUCUUCACCGCCGUGGCGGGAUGGGGGGGGGACGUCUUCAGGGCUGGAGGUUGCUGGUGGUGGAUCCCUGUGUUUGGACCCAUGGUCGGCGGCGCAGCGGGAGCCGCUAUUUACUUCCUCUUCAUCGAGCUGCACCACGCCGAGCCCAAACAGCAGGAAGAAACCAAUGGCCAGCAAAAGUAUGAAAUCAUAACUUUGACUUAGAAACAUACAGUGUAUGGAAACAAAAAUGAACACCGACUUGCAAAGCAAGUCAAUGAAGAAAGGUGAUUAUAAUUAAGAAAACAGUAUUAUUUUAUUUAAUGCUUUACAAUACUGCACUGCUAUAUCGUUGUUAUUCGUUUUUUAAAAAUUGUUUAAUUAAAAAAAGAAACAUAGCACAUUUUAAAUAUUUGUUUUAAUCGUGGAAGUUACUCGUAAAUCUAAGUAAUUUGCAGGUGUUACCUGCUGUGAACUGAACAUCGACACGGCUUUUAUUAUGAUGACAAUUUAAUAGGAAAAUUGCACUUGCAUGUAGUCAUGUAUUUGUGCAGGGUGCAUUUUGUCUUUGUGUUCUUUGCUGUUGACAGUAUUAUGAAACUAGCGAGCAUGAUCAUUAAAUAUACUGUACUUAGCUAUUACAUACACGAGCUCUUAGAUGUAGAUUUGGUCGUGUCAGGUACAGUGGAACCGCCACACAAUCUGUUCCCAGAUUGGCUCCCAAGUCGUUUGAAUUUCAAUUCAAUUUUCCACGUUGGAAAUGAUGCACACACACACGCGCACGUGGAAAAAAAAACACAAUGGAGUAUAAUAUAAUUAGAACUAAGGAAACAAACAGAGAAUUAAAUAAAAACAAAAAAACACACAAAUCUUAUGGAAAAAAAAAAUAAUAAUAAAAAAUCUUAAUUUUAUUUUGGACACCAACGCGGCCUGUGCGGCGUAAUGCACAUGCCAGAACACAGAGAAGUUAGUCACUGUGGGGAAUAAAAUAAAAAUGUGGCAUUUUAUUGGCAUUGCUUGAAUUAAUUCAGCUUUGUGAUAUUUAAGGAAUUGUCUUGAUCAUGUUGUAUUGAACAUGUUGCAAACAUGUUGUAUUUUCUUUUUUGGGGGGGGGGGGGAGGUUCCACUGUAUACGAAUGCAUUAUAGUCAUGUCUCUUUCUCUCUCUCUCGCUCUCUCUCUCUCUCUCUCUCUCUCUCUCUCUCUCUCUCUAUAUAUAUA